AUGGCAAGAAGGAGCGGCCAGGACCGGCGUGACCAGGAGCAGCGGCGCCACAAAGAGGGAGUGAGGGCCCGCUGGCGAAAUCAGACGAAGCUUGUAUCCAUCUUUGCUUGCAACCGCUCUCCUACGAACCCCGUCAAAGGCUCCCCAGGCCAGGUCGGCGGAAUGACGAUAGGCCCUUCCAGACCGGAUGCUGGCAACGAAGAUCGGCGGUCCCAAAAGAGGCCCAGCCUGCGAGAACAAGCGGCAAUGGUCUAG